AUGGCUGUUUUAUUGCGGGAGGCAACCUUCACUCGCAAGACAAAAGAAACAGACAUUAACGUGGCUUUAAGCUUGGAUUCUGUUGGAAGUCAAACGAUCGAUGUCGAUUCUGGGAUUGGAUUUUUGAAUCAUAUGUAUGAAGCCCUUGCAAAGCAUUCUGGAUGGUCACUCGUGCUUAAAUGCAAAGGUGAUUUACACAUUGACGAUCAUCACACCGCUGAAGACACGGCAAUAGCAUUAGGUAAAACGUUUAAGCUAGCGUUAGGUGAGCCGCGGGGAAUCAAGCGGUUUGGGUAUGCUUAUGCUCCACUAGACGAGGCCUUAUCACGUGCAGUAGUAGAUAUCUCUGGGAGACCAUUUGCGGACAUAAAUCUCGACUUGAAACGUGAAAAACUCGGCUCGUUGUCAACGGAGAUGUUGCCUCACGUGUUAUCGUCUUUUGCUACUGCGGCGGAUAUUACUCUGCACGUGGAUGUGUUGAAAGGGAAAAAUGAUCAUCAUAGGGCAGAAUCUUCUUUCAAAGCUCUUGCUAUCGCUCUACGACAAGCAGUUGAAAGGACGGGAACAAAUGAUGUGCCUAGCACCAAAGGUGUCUUGUAA